GAUCUCUGAUUGUUUAUUGGCAAGACCUAUUCAUGAACUGUAUCAUUUCCCCAGUCGCACCUCCUCCUGUACGCUCAGUGUUGUUCCAACUCAGACUCACCAACAUCAACAACUGUCCUGACUGGGUGGACCAGGAUGGGAGGUUAGAAACUGUAACGAAUACGUUUGCUGCCGAGGUAGAGAGUCACUGUGGGUGUGGUUUCUCAAGCAUGGUCAUGACUGCUCCCCGCUUCCGCUGCUUCCCCGGGUCGGACAGAACUGUCACAUUCCGAGCCACUCUAACCGAUUCCAAGCUCCUCACUCCCAUACAAGACUGGAUACAAACCAAUGGAUUCAUUCCCAUUCAGAAUAUACUGAUUGAGAUGGACAAGUCUUGUCAGGUGCAGAUAUCGAGCCUUGCAGAUACAGAGUGCACCACCAACCAGCCUGUAGCUGCAGCGAUCAUUUACCUAGCCACUGUGGUUGGUGGAGCGGUGGGAGGAGCGGUGGGGUUGAUCCUUCUGGUGGGCGUUGUUGUCAUAGUGAUUGCUGUACUGUUGUUGAAGAGUAGGAGACAGAAGAUGAUCGUUCACAGAACAACAAAACAUGACCUACCACCAGUGUCGCUAAAGGGUGUGGUCAGUACUGGUGAGAUACAAUCAUACGAGAUAAUGGAAAUGGGUCACGAAUACGAGGAAGUGUCCAAGUUCCAACGAGCCGUUGGUGGAACACCACCCUUACAUACAAGUGGCUCCGAAAGCAAGUAUGUUAUAAAAACUGAGUCAUCACCACCCACUCCACCCACUCCACUCACUCCACAACCCUCACAAGCGACUAACGCUACUGGAAACGAUACUGAGUUUACAGCGUGCGUUGCUUACAGCAGUGCACGACCACCCACAGUCGCCCCCCACAUCCCACCAGCUUAUGAACUAAUACCCAAUCCCCUGUAUGCUACUGUUGACUAUUUGCAUAUUGUAUAAUCUUGUCUAAUGUUUUUGCUUGCAUGCAUUUCAUUUCAUUUUACAUGGCAUUGUCAUCAAUUUUACGCAUC